GUCCAGCCCUUCCUUGUGGGCUGCCAGGAGCCUCCUCCCAUCCUCCUGCCCGCCCGCCUGGCAGGUCUGGCAGGUGAGUGACUCACCCCUGGGCCCACUGCACGCCCAGCGAGGGGAGCCAGUGGAUGUGACCCCCUGGGCUCCUGCCCAUUCUGCCAGCCGCUGCGACAGACGAGACCCUUCCCUGCCGUGGGGGCCUGCCCGCAUCACCCGUGCUCCCUUCUUCCUCGGUUGGAGUUGGACGGCACAGAAUCCAGGCGAGCAGCUGGGACGGUGCCGGUCUGAGCUGCACCUUGUCUGAUGGCUUCCUCCCAUCCUCCACAGGCUGCCGUAGGAGACCGACUGCUUCCUGGAGGCCCAGGCCCCUCCCCCCAGGCGGAGGACGACCCUGGUGAGGCCUUUGAGUUUGACGACAGUGACGAUGACGAGGACACCAGUGCUGGCCUGGGUGUCCCAGGCGCUGCUCCAGAGAAGGAGGCAGAUGCCCCACUGAUCCACUUGGACUCUGCCCCCACCACGGACCCAGAUCCAGCGGCCGCGCCGCCCCAGACACAGGCGCCAGUUGUGCUGAGCAAUGGGGAGGCCGUGGAUGCAGCUUUCUCCGGGGUCCAUCGCUCCAGCUGGAGGCGGAAGAGCUCCCGUCGCAUCGAGAGGUUUACUUUCCCCGCCCUGGAGGAAGAUGUGAUUUACGACGACGUCCCCUGCGAGAACCUGGACGCUCAUCAAUCCGCAGGGGCGGAGAGGAACCUGCUCUACGAGGAUGUGCACCGGGACGGGGCGCCCCGGGAGGCGGAGGACCUAGGCUGGAGCUCCAGCGAGUUUGAGAGCUACAGCGAGGACUCCGCGGAGGAGGCCAAGCCGGAGGUGGAGCCCACCAAGCACCGAGUGUCCUUCCAGCCCAAGUGGUGUGCCCGAGCCAGCUCAUCCUCACUCUCAAGACCCCAAGAACUAAUCACGCACAGCCGCUUGCUCAGUGAUGUCCUACUGCUUUCUCCAGACCUGACUAGGCUAAAGGAGAGAUACGCCAGGACUAAGAGAGACAUCUUGGCUUUAAGAGUUGGGGGGAGAGACAUGCAGGAGCUGAAGCACAAGUACGAUUGUAAGAUGACCCAGCUCAUGAAGGCCGCCAAGAGCGGGACCAAGGACGGGCUGGAGAAGACAAGGAUCGCCGUCAUGCGCAAAGUGUCCUUUCUGCACAGGAAGGAUGUCCUUGGCGACUCAGAGGAGGAGGACAUGGGGCUCCUGGAGGUCAGCGUUACGGACAUCAAGCCCCCAGCCCCGGAGCUGGGCCCCAUGCCAGAUGGCCUGAGCCCUCAGCAGGUGGUCCGAAGGCACAUCCUGGGCUCCAUCGUGCAGAGCGAAGGCAGCUACGUGGAGUCUCUGAAGCGGGUACUCCAGGAUUACCGCAACCCUCUGAUGGAGAUGGAGCCCAAGGCGCUGAGCGUCCGCAAGUGCCAGGUGGUGUUCUUCCGCGUGAAGGAGAUCCUGCACUGCCACUCCAUGUUCCAGAUCGCCCUGUCCUCCCGUGUGGCCGAGUGGGACUCCACCGAGAAGAUUGGGGAUCUCUUCGUGGCUUCAUUUUCCAAGUCCAUGGUGCUAGACGUGUACAGCGACUACGUGAACAACUUCACCAACGCCAUGUCCAUCAUCAAGAAGGCCUGUCUCACCAAGCCUGCCUUCCUCGAGUUCCUCAAGCGGCGGCAGGUGUGCAGCCCCGACCGCGUCACGCUCUACGGGCUGAUGGUGAAGCCCAUCCAGAGGUUCCCGCAGUUCAUCCUCCUGCUUCAGGACAUGCUGAAGAACACCCCCAGGGGCCACCCAGACAGGCUGUCGCUGCAGCUGGCCCUCACGGAGCUGGAGACGCUGGCUGAGAAGCUCAACGAGCAGAAGCGACUGGCGGACCAGGUGGCGGAGAUCCAGCAGCUGACCAAGAGCGUCAGCGACCGCAGCAGCCUCAACAAGCUUCUGACCUCAGGCCAGCGGCAGCUGCUCCUAUGUGAGACGCUGACGGAGACCGUGUACGGCGACCGCGGGCAGCUGAUCAAGUCCAAGGAGCGCAGGGUCUUCCUGCUCAAUGACAUGCUAGUCUGUGCCAACAUCAACUACAAGCCUGCCAACCCAAGGGGCCAGCUGGAGAUCAGCAGCCUGGUGCCCCUGGGGCCCAAGUACGUGGUGAAGUGGAACACGGCGCUGCCCCAGGUGCAGGUGGUAGAGGUGGGCCAGGAGGGCGGCUCCUAUGACAAGGACAACGUGCUCAUCCAGCAUGCCGGUGCCAAGAAGGCCUCUGCCUCGGGCCAGGCCCAGAAUAAGGUGUACCUCGGCCCCCCGCGCCUCUUCCAGGAGCUACAGGACCUGCAGAAGGACCUGGCCGUGGUAGAGCAGAUCACCCUCCUCAUCAGCACGCUGCACGGCACCUACCAGAACCUGAACAUGACCGUGGCACAAGACUGGUGCCUGGCCCUGCAGCGGCUGAUGCGGGUAAAGGAGGAGGAGAUUCACUCGGCCAACAAGUGCCGCCUCAGGCUGCUGCUUCCAGGGAAACCCGACAAGUCUGGCCGCCCCAUCAGCUUCAUGGUGGUCUUCAUCACCCCCAACCCCCUUAGCAAGAUCUCCUGGGUCAACAGGCUGCACUUGGCCAAGAUCGGACUCCGAGAGGAGAACCAGCCAGGCUGGCUGUGUCCCGAUGAGGACAAGAAGAGCAAAGCCCCGUUCUGGUGCCCGAUCCUGGCCUGCUGCAUCCCUGCCUUCUCCUCCCGGGGCCUCAGCCUGCAGCUUGGGGCCCUGGUCCACAGUCCUGUCAGCUGUCCCCUGCUGGGCUUCUCGGCGGUCAGCACCUCCCUUCCACAGGGCUACCUCUGGGUUGGGGGCGGGCAGGAGGGUGCAGGGGGCCAGGUCGAGAUCUUCUCCCUGAACCGGCCCUCGCCCCGCACGGUCAAGUCCUUCCCGCUGGCGGCCCCUGUGCUUUGCAUGGAGUACAUUCCUGAGCCAGAGGAGGGGGAGAGCAGGGAUGGCGAGGAGAGCCGCCGGGCUGCUGACGCCUCAGCUGGUGUGCACCCCACCAUCUGCCUGGGGCUCCAGGAUGGCAGCAUCCUGGUUUACAGCAGUGUGGACACGGGCACCCAGUGCCUGGCCACCUGCAGGAGCCCAGGCCUGCAGCCCGUGCUCUGCCUGCGACACAGCCCCUUCCACCUAUUUGCCGGCCUGCAGGAUGGGACCCUUGCCGCCUACCCUCGGAGCAGUGGAGGCAUCCCCUGGGACCUGGAGAGCCCGCCCGUGUGCCUGACCGUGGGGCCAGGGCCCGUCCGCACGCUGCUGAGCCUGGAGGAUGCCGUGUGGGCCAGCUGUGGGUCCCGGGUCACCGUCCUGGAUGCCACUAGCUUGCAGACUCAGCAAAGCUUCGAGGCGCACCAGGACGAGGCCGUGAGCGUGACCCACAUGGUGAAGGCAGGCAGCGGCGUCUGGAUGGCCUUCUCCUCCGGCUCCUCCAUCCGCCUCUUCCACACGGAGACGCUGGAGCACCUGCAGGAGAUCAACAUCGCCACCAGGACCACCUUCCUGCUGCCAGGCCAGAAGCACCUGUGUAUCACCAGCCUCCUGAUCUGCCAGGGUCUGCUCUGGGUGGGCACCGACCAGGGUGUCAUUGUCCUGCUGCCUGUGCCUCGGCUGGAGGGCAUCCCUAAGAUCACAGGGAAAGGCAUGGUCUCACUCAAUGGUCACUGUGGGCCUGUGGCCUUCCUGGCCGUGGCCACCAGCAUCUUGGCUCCCGACAUCCUGCGGAGUGACCAGGAGGAGGCAGAGGGGCCACAGGCCGAGGAGGACAAGCUGGAUGGACAGGCUCACGAGCCAGCGCCCAUCCCCGCGAGCCACGUGGGCCGAGAGCUGACCCGCAAGAAGGGCAUCCUUCUGCAGUACCGCCUGCGCUCCACCGCCCACCUCCCGGGCCCGCUGCUCUCUGUGCGGGAGCCGGAGCCCAUGGACGGCUCGGCCCUGGAGCACAGCGAGGAGGACGGCUCCAUCUACGAGAUGGCCGAUGACCCCGACAUCUGGGUGCGCAGCCGGCCCUGUGCCCGCGACGCUCACCGCAAGGAAAUCUGCUCAGUGGCCAUCAUCUCCGGAGGGCAGGGCUACCGCAACUUUGGCAGUGCCCCGGGCGGCAGCGGAAAGCCGGCCCCGUGUGGGGAGACGGACAGCGCUCUUCUCAUCUGGCAGGUGCCCUUGAUGCUAUAGCCGCCGCCCCGGCCGCACUCGGCCGCCGUCGUGCCCGGCCCUCGGCCUGCUGUGGGCCCUUCCAGCCGUUCAGGGUCCCCAGGGAGCACUGAGUGGCAUCGCCUCCCAGGGGCCUGCACGGGGCCAUGCAGACCAGCCUGGGUCUCCAGUAACUACCUGAGUGGAGCAGAGGAAAACCUCUUCCAUUUUUAAGGAAAAGAAAAAAAUAGUUCAGAGUGUUUAGGGGAGUGGUUUGGGUUUAGGGCACGGGAGGACACUCUGGAGGAAGUGGCUUUCUUUUUAAAUGCAAAAAACACAAAACCUCACAACUGCCUGGCAAGCCCAGCACCUCUCGUCCGGGCCCGAGCGGGGCUCAUGGGCAGCCACGCAGCCCUCCCGGAAGGGCGCAUGCGUGUGAGUGUCUGCGAGCGUGUGGGCCGGCGUGUGAAUAUAUAAAUACGUACAUAUGGUGUAUAUUAUAUGUGUAUAAAUAAAGUCUGUACAUAUUGGAGCUCUGGGAGAUGCUGGAAUAAAAGGCAAGAAUGACGUCAGA